CCGCCCCGCUGCCCGUGGAGGCUGCGUGCGGCCCGCGGGCCUGAUCGCCCGCCUGGAUCGCCGCGGCUCGGCCGUCCCGGGUCAGGAAGUGACCGUCCCCGAGCGCCAUGGCUCACUCGCCGGUGCAGUCGGGCCUGCCGGGCAUGCAGAACCUGAAAGCGGACCCAGAGGAGCUUUUCACAAAGCUGGAGAAAAUCGGAAAGGGCUCCUUCGGUGAGGUGUUCAAAGGCAUUGACAAUCGGACUCAGAAAGUGGUUGCUAUAAAAAUCAUUGAUCUGGAAGAAGCAGAAGAUGAGAUCGAGGACAUCCAACAAGAAAUCACAGUGCUGAGUCAGUGUGACAGCCCAUACGUAACCAAAUACUACGGAUCCUAUCUGAAGGACACGAAAUUGUGGAUAAUAAUGGAAUAUCUUGGUGGCGGCUCUGCGCUGGAUCUGUUAGAACCUGGUCCUUUAGAUGAAACUCAGAUUGCUACCAUCUUAAGAGAAAUCCUGAAAGGACUUGAUUACCUCCAUUCAGAGAAGAAAAUCCAUAGAGAUAUUAAAGCCGCCAACGUUCUGCUCUCGGAGCACGGAGAGGUGAAGCUGGCUGACUUCGGAGUGGCCGGCCAGCUGACGGAUACCCAGAUAAAGAGGAACACCUUUGUGGGCACCCCGUUCUGGAUGGCACCCGAGGUCAUUAAGCAGUCAGCCUACGACUCGAAGGCAGACAUUUGGUCUUUGGGCAUAACAGCGAUAGAACUGGCCAAAGGAGAGCCGCCCCACUCCGAGCUGCACCCCAUGAAGGUUUUAUUCCUCAUUCCAAAGAACAACCCCCCCACGCUGGAAGGGAACUACAGCAAGCCCCUCAAGGAGUUCGUGGAAGCCUGUCUGAACAAGGAGCCCAGCUUUAGACCCACCGCUAAGGAACUAUUGAAGCACAAAUUUAUCAUACGUAAUGCAAAGAAAACAUCCUACCUGACGGAGCUCAUUGACAGGUACAAGCGGUGGAAGGCGGAGCAGAGCCAUGAUGACUCCAGCUCGGAGGACUCGGAUGCGGAAACAGAUGGCCAAGCGUCAGGAGGCAGCGACUCUGGGGACUGGAUCUUCACCAUCCGGGAGAAGGACCCCAAGAACCUGGAGAAUGGAGCUUUGCAGCCCUCUGAUUUGGACAGAAGCAAGAUGAAAGACAUCCCAAAGAGGCCUUUCUCUCAGUGUUUAUCGACAAUUAUUUCUCCCCUGUUUGCAGAGCUGAAAGAGAAGAGCCAGACGUGUGGAGGGAACUUGGGGUCCAUCGAAGAGCUCCGUGGCGCCAUCUACCUGGCGGAAGAGGCCUGUCCCGGGAUUUCUGACACCAUGGUGGCCCAGCUUGUGCAGCGGCUGCAGAGAUAUUCUCUGAGUGGUGGAGGAACUUCUCACUGAAAUUCCUUUGGCAUUUGGGGUUUUGUUUUUUCCUUUUUUAUUUCAUCUUCCUUCUUUUAAAGUCGAGAGCCUUUGCCGAUUCUGCGGAAGAGGCACCAGCGAGGGGCCAUCCCCCCCAAAAAGCCUCCAGCACCUGACCAGAGACACACAGUCGUCACUGUGCCACAGCCACAUGAAGUCUCUCAGAUUGCUCCUCCAAGCAACUAUUUUAUUUUUUUAUCGUUUUUAAUUUUAACCAUAGUGCACAUAUUCAAGGAGAAUAUCCUUUAAAAACAAAAACCCUGAAAUGUAUAUUUGGGAUUAUGAUAAGGCAACUAAAGACAUGAAACCUCAGGUAUCCUGCUUGACAUUGACCGCUCCCUGGGAGAUGGAGAGUCGCUCUGGGGGAUCAGUGUACAGAUUUGUAUAUAGCGUCGUUUUUACAGAAACCCUUUGGGCGUGCAUACGGAGUCGCUGUGUACAGGAUGGCCAAGUGCUUCUGUAGAUAAUGUCUGUGGAGUAAAUAUUUGACAGGCCAUAACUUGAGUCUUGCCUUUAUUACAUGUAAAUUUUGAAUUACGUGUCCAGUGAUUUGGAUUUUAUUUUGUAUCUGCAGGGUUCGCCAUUAAUAAUAAUUAAUGUCCCUCUUACAGAACACUCCUGUUUGUACCUCGACAAAUGGCAAAUUUUCCUCUCAUUUCUCCUACAACCCUUUUUUGGUACACUUAGAAGUUGAUUUCCUUUUUCAUUGAUGGUACUAUUUCUUAAGUGUUUUAAAUUGGAACAUAUCUUGUCUCACGAAGCUUUAAAUUAUUAUUUCGAGUUUCUCCCAGAUGACGCGCUCUCCUCUAACCUCUGUUGAAUCGUGCCACACUGCUGUCUGCGCCAGAUGUACCGUCCUUCCCAACACGAUUUUCUGUUGCACCUCGUAGUAGAAUCUGCAUAUCAUCUUGCCCCCCCCCCGAAAGUGUCUGAAUGCUUACACAAAAUAAAUUUUAUAACACACUCA